ACUGCAGCAGCCAGCAGUUGUUGAUAGCAGGUCAACUGCAAAGGUCUAUAGUUUGAAGCUGACGGCUGAUAGAGAUAAUAUGAGGACUUUAUAUAUUGUUGUCGUUGCUGCAAUUGUGAAUCCCAAUCUUCUACUUUGCGUCUCAGCUCCUAACAAGAAAGUGUUCGACAAACUGUCUACAACAUAUGUUCUAGUGGACGAUAUUAUUUCUGAUCAAUCAAUACAAUUUGUGAUCGACGAAGUGGCACGACAAACAGUUCGUGAUAGUUGGAACUUGACGAAAAUCCAUCACUUCGAGGUAGUCAACGUGGAGAAAGACGAUAAAGCCUGCCAAUCGUGCUACAUAUUUCCCGUUGUUCAUCUAACCGAAAGAUGUUUGCCCUCCCGUAUGUCUCUCAACCCACCCGUCGCUUCUUUUCCUGUUUCAAACAACAAGACAUCGAAGCCGUCCGUGUUUCACAUACAAUUCGGAUAUGAUGACACAUCAGAGAUUCCGGCCGUUCUGGCCGUUGCUGACAAAAUGAAGUGGACGUCAGCUGUGUACGUGGGUGACAAACAUGCAGGUUCGUUUUACGAUUCGUUGCUGCGUUGGGCAAGGACAUUUCGCAUAUUGGACGUGGUAUCAGUGAAUGACGACGUAGACCUUGCACAUUUGCACACAAAGAUUUCUCGAAGGGAGGUUGACUUUGUGAUAGGUCACUGUCACACGUACGCGUGUUACAAAACCGUGAAGAAGUUGCUCGUUCUUCAUUCAGAAGAAUCAAUUGGUAAAUCGAGUGUGCCAUGGUUGAUAACCGAGGCAAUAACUGAGAAAAUUCGAGAGGAAGGCGCUUUUACUUCACUAAAUGUUCAUACAGCAGUUUACGGACUGCAACUGCCUCUUCCUGGUCUUCCUGUCAUCGACACUCUUUUGGAAAAAGUUCCGUCUAUUUACGAUAAGCAACAAGAUUGUCGUCUCAAGAAGCAUUGCGCUGUAACUCUAAGGAAACAGUUGAAUGUUUUAGACUUUUACGACGCUUUGGUAUCGACGAUCUACAAAGGCGGACAACAUAUGUCUACAGACGACGAAAUUGUGUUUCAGUUCGUCAACAAUACGGAUGAUUUCCGGAGUAUUCGUGGUGCCAUACAGUUUGCUGAGACUGUAGAAAGAGUAUAUCCGACAGUCUACAACGUUCUAAAACUUUGUCAAUUUUCAGUUGAUAUCGUUGGAGUAUACAACAACAGCGACUCAGAUUGGUUGCACGAUCUAAAACCUCUAAUAAACGAAACUUACAAAAAUCACCCAAGACGGUACCGAAGAGAAGCGAAAAAAUGUGCACCAGCUGGAAACCAUUUUAUUACAACUACCGUUAGAGAUCCUCCGUUUCUUUUUUAUGAUCCCAAUAAUACAAUGGAGGGAUAUCAUCAUGGUCCUUUCUGUGGUUUCAUAGUCGACAUGAUGGAGUGGCUUGCAGCAGAAAUAGGAAUUUCGUACACGCUGAAAGAAAAUCCGUAUCUAAAAUUCGGAUCUGUGGAUGAGAAUGGUGUCGGCAAUGGAAUGGUUGGAGAACUAAUGAACUGCGAAGUGGAUUUAGCAGCUGCUUCCCUAACUAUCACCAGCAGUCGAUCUCAACACAUUUCUUUUACCAAACCUUAUAUCGAUGUCGUGUCGGCAAUUCUCGUUUCUAGACCCGAGCAAGAAGGAUCCGACAUCUGGUCGUUUCUCAAUCCAUUUGAUUUUGCUACUAAAGUAGUCAUUAUCGCCUCUCUUGCGACAGUGUCGAUCGUGUUUCUUGUUUUGCAAAAACUCAGUCCAUACUUCAAGUCUAGUGAAACAACGGCUGGAGAGGAAGCAUCUCCAGGAGACGAUCGAAGAAAUACAUUUUGGUUUUUCUACACUACUUUUGUUCAGCAAGGCCCGGAUGAUGCUCCAUCUCUGUCCGGAAAAAUCAUCGUUGGUGGUUGGUAUUUCUUUGCGCUGAUCAUAAUAGCAACAUACACCGCCAAUCUUGCAGCUUUCUUGACGGUAAAGAGUUUUGCUCAAAGCGUUAAUUCGAUCGACGAUCUCGCCGCGCAAACAGAAAUUAUAUACGGGACAUUGAAAGACUCCUCAACUCUCGAAUUCUUUAAAAAUUCGCCCAUAGACGUGCACAGGCGGAUGUACACGUUUAUGACAAACACUGAAGGCUCUAUGGUAGACACCGUUCGAGAGGGACUUCUUCGAGUGCAAAAUAAACGAAACGGUGAGUACGCGUUUAUAUCGGAACGACCAGUUAUAGACUAUUUUGCAUCUCACAAACCGUGUAAAACUCAAGUGGUCGGAAGAGGAUUCGACUCUCAUGGAUUUGGUUUGGCUCUUCCUCGAGAAAUGCCAUACGAAACUAAUUUUUCUUUAGCUAUUUUGAAAAUGAGAGAGUCGGGCUUUAUUGAAAAUUUGAGCAAUAAAUGGUUCGAAAAAGGUGAAUGUGCAAGUUCAAAUGACGAUUCGUCGUUGUCUGAUGUUGAAAAAGUUCGCAUUACGGAUAUGGUCGGUGUGAUGAUAAUUCUUGUGUGCUCGAUUGGUGCGUCUAUUGUGAUUGCAAUCAUUGAGCGUAUCUGGUGGAUAACAAAAGAAAGGAGAAAAAAACUUGUAUCAUCUGACAUUUCUGAAGUUGAUGAUCUAACGCCAUCAGUCAAGGAGACUUCUGUCGUCUACGUGUGAAGAAGGAAACAACUGCUGUCACAUACACUUUUGUUCAAUUCGCUAUUAUCGUUUGAGGGAAGUUGGCAGCAAACACUAUUAAUAGACUUUCUAGCUGUUUCUCGUUUAUGUCAAAAACAGAUAUAAAUAUAUACGUAUCAGCGUAAGUAGAUUUCUUUUUAUUUCUUUCUCAUCGUUGUUUAGCCUCUUAGAUUUGAAACGGUUUUUCUAGUUGAGUAUUGCACUAUGCUAUUUAGCAGUUGUAGAUACACCCUAAUAAAGUAGGCCAAGUGUAACUAAUAUUUGGAUUUUCUAUGUGAUGUUAACAUUGCCUAGUAAUUGAA